AUGUCUUUCCCCAAGGCUGCAACUCCUAGAAGUAGCCAGGUGACGCCUCUUCUAUCGGAACCCCAGCCCUUCCGCAAUUUUAAAAUUGCCCAUCAGCGACUGUCAUUAGAUGUUGACCUUUCCUGUCAUAAUGUUAAGGGAAUUGCAGAUAUCAUCCUGAUACCGUUAGUUCAAAACUUAGCGUAUAUUACAUUGGACUGUAAAGGAAUUAAGGUUAAAGACGUAUUGGUGGAAAAUCGAAGGUGUGACAACUACAUACAUGAUGAUCCUUUUAGAAGUUAUGCACAACGAUACACGCAAUCUGGAAAAGAUCCGCUGUACCAAUUCAAUUCUGUGGAACAAUCCCAUUUUUUAAGAGCAAAAUUCGCAGAUUUAAACGAACAUCCUGAGGAUCGUACUAAAUCGCAGCUUAUUAUAAAGAUUCCCUCAUCUAUCAAGAUAUCAUUACAGGAUGCCAAUUCCUUGACUAAUUACACUCCUAUUACUCCUUCAAUUAAGGGCACACCAGCUUCUCAAGAUGCAGUAUUCUCCCCAAUAAGUAUAAAGAUUGAGUAUGAAUUAAGCAAUCCUACGACAGGUCUUCGGUUCGACACAGUUGCAGAAAACCAACCCCAUCUGUGGAAUGCAUAUACAACGAACGCUGAGCUUGCAGCUACUGCAUCAUCUUGGAUGCCAUGUGUCAAUAUGCUUGAUGAAAAGUGCACUUGGGAAAUUGAAAUUAGCGUUCCAAGGAAAGUUAGAGAUAUUGGUACUUCGAAAGUUAUUGGGCAGUUAGAACUUGAUGGAAAGAAAAAGAAGACAGAGAAACAAGUACAUGAGGCGGAUGAUACGGGCAAGGAAGAAGAAACUCAUCGGGAGGAACAGCCUAAGGAAAAUACUGAUGGUCAGGAUUCCACUACAGAACAGGCGGAUACAAAACAGGAUAAUAAGGAGCAAAAGGAUUCCCACCACGAUGAAGAUGAAGAAGAUGAUUAUGAUAUCGCGGAAGAGGACGAGAGUAAUCCGCUUAACAGAGAUAUUCAGGUGUGUUGUUCCGAAUUCUCUACCAUGAAAGAAGGUGCUCACCCCACAGAUAUGUCCAAACGUCUGUUCUCCUUCCAGAUAUUUAACCCAGUGGCUCCUCAUCAUAUCGGCUGGGCCGUGGGAGCCUUCGAUGUAUGGGCUCUUCCUUCUCUACAAUCUAGAGAAGACGCAUUGGAUGAAGAUCCAGAUGAAAAUUACGAAGCAAAAAAAGCCAGUCAAGCAGAUAACAAUGAUAUUAUUGAUGAUAUCGAAAAUAAUGAUGUUAUUCCAAUAAGGAUUUACACGUUACCUACACAAGACGUGGAUGAGAAGACAGUUUUGAACACUACAAUAGUCUGUCAAAAGAUUAUGGAUUUUUAUGCCAAGGAAUUUGGUUCUUAUCCAUUCACUUCCUAUUCGAUUUUAUUUCUCCCCACAUUAGUCUGCUCCACAAUGGAUUUUGCAAGCUUGACGCUUUGUAACACAAGGUUAUUGUAUCCACCGGAAGUUAUAGACUCUAUGCUGCCGACAACAAAUGAAUUGGCUUGGUCUCUAGCAGUCCAGUGGGCGGCAGUGAAUAUCACACCAAUGGAAAUAAAUGAUAUAUGGUGCUGUUUAGGAAUGGCAGGUUACAUGGUAUUCCAAUUUUUGAGAAAAAUUCUGGGGAACAAUGAAUUCAAAUAUCGACUAAAAAUGAACAGUGAAGCAAUCGUUGAACAGGAUUGGGAAAAGCCACCUAUUGGGGCUACAUUCACCACUGCUUCAAUGCCCAUUUCGAGAACGAGCAAAGAUCUGGAGUUCAUCAAGCUAAAAGCCCCCAUGGUAUUAUACAUUUUGGAUCGCAGAAUGACAAAAACGGAGCGUUCUUUCGGAAUGUCACGUAUUCUCCCUAAGAUAUUCUUACAGGCUAUGUCUGGAGACCUGCCGAAUAACUCACUUUCAUCGUCACAUUUUCAGUACGUGUGUGAACGUGUAAAUAAAAACAAAUUGGAAAGCUUCUUCCAACAAUGGAUCUAUGGUUCUGGUGUUCCAAUCUUUAGAGUAACGCAAAGAUUCAAUAAAAAAAGGAUGAUGGUUGAAAUGGGUAUUAGGCAAUGUCAGGACCAAGAACUGUCACAAGAUAAAAUUGUGGGUAAAGAAGGCUUCUGUUCAAGUGCAUUGAAUCACUUACAACAUCCCGUCAGAGCAAUGACGCCAUUUUUUACUGGUUCCAUGACUAUAAGAAUCCACGAAGCAGAUGGUACACCUUAUGAACACAUAGUAGAGUUAAAGGACGUUUUCACCAAACUCGAUAUCCAGUACAACACAAAGUACAGAAGAUUGAGAAAUAGAAAGAUAAAUGUGGGGAGACCUUCUAAUAAAGCUGCUUCUCCGGAUUUGGAAGAAGAUUUGGAGUUCCAAGAAGAAAAAAUUGAUAACAGCGCUAUUCAGAGAUUAGGAACUGUUUUGAGUAGUCCAAAGGACUGUAAAGAUUGGGACCUGACGGACGCUAUUGUUACUACGGAUGGAAAUGAAGCACAAAGGCAGAAUGAGGCAUUUGAAUGGAUAAGAAUAGAUUCUGAUUUCGAAUGGAUUUGUAAAAUCUAUGUGAACCAACCUGAUUAUAUGUUCACUUCACAGCUACAGCAGGAUAGCGAUGUGGAGGCUCAAGUCGAGAGUAUCAAGUAUUUUGAAGAUGUUAUCAUUCAUUCUCCGAAUAAUUCUCAAAUAUACUCCUCCAUUUUAACUAGAACCGCCAUGGAUAAAAGAUACUUCUACGGUGUAAGAUUGGAGGCCUGUAAAGCCCUGGCUAGGUAUACAAUGAAAGACCACGACCCAGCCCAUUUUACGGGAGGUGCAAUGCACCUUAUCAAGAUUUUCCAAAAUUUGUUCUGUUACGAAGGAUCCAGUAUUCCAUUGAAUAAUGAUUUUACGAGUUUCCAAGAAUAUUUCUUGCAAAAAAAUAUCCCCAAAUUUUUGGCCUUAGUUAGAAACGAGAGAAAUGAGUGCCCACAUUUUGUCAAACAAUUUGUUUUGGAUAUCCUCACUUACAAUGAAAAUUCAGAAAAUCUUUAUGAUGACACGCAUUACCUAUGCAGUUUGAUAGAGGCUGCAGUUGACUGCUGUAUCAGCAAUAAAAAGGACCAAGAAUUUUUAAAUAAGGUACUGGAUCAACUACACAGGUAUGCCAAUCUAGAUGAUUGGAUGCCCACUUACCAGCUGCUUGUCAGAAGAAAGCUAAUGGCAGAGAAGUUGAAACUCAACACUGAAGGAUUAUACAAAUUUGAUGAUUUAAAUGAGGUCUUAGAGCAGACCCUAUGUGAGAUAAGCUUGACCUUAGACAAUGGUAUUCCAAGAUAUAGAGAAGGCCUUCAAGAUAUUACUCUGCUGGCAUUUAAGAUACUUUUGUUAGAAGGUGGGUUGAAGAACAAGGAGGCUCUGAAGUAUUUUUUCUUAGCUCUCUGUUAUACGCCAGAUGUGUAUGUCAAGGAAAAGUUGGUGGAUGUGUUCGUUACUAGUUUGAAUUUCGUUGCCACCGAAGGCUUGCAGCUAAAAUUGGAUGAUGACCUCAACUCUAUAGCAAAACAAAUCAAUCCCGAGAGCCUCUCCAUAGAUGAUACAAAUGAGGAUACUGUUCUCAUUACUGAGAAUCCUGAAUCUGAAAUUAAUGAGCGCAGACAACAGAAGAUGAGGUCAAGUAUUAGAGGAUUGCUCACUUUGUUGAAAAAACAAUUCAGAGACUAUCAACCUCUGAAGACUAUUUUGUGGAGUGUUUUGCACGUUCCGGUAACGAGUCUCUACCAGAAGAAAAGGUUGUUUGACAUUACAAGAAUCAUGUAUUCAUUGAUCGAUAGCUUUAAUGUCGUUUUGCCUAUUCCAAGAGAUAAGCGGCUUGUUGCCCGCUGUUUGGGUGAUAACAAGGUGGUCAUCAAGAGGGAAGCUCUUCUAAAGGUUCAUUUACCCCCAAAAAUAAAACUGGUCUCCAAGCCAAGCAUUACAAUGAAUGCUAAAUCAGCAUCGGCUUCAGCCGCAGCGCCGGCAGCCGCGCCAGUCGCUCCGGCAUCACCAGCACCACCAGCACCACCAGUGCAACCGACACUACCAGUACAACCAGUGCAACCAGUUCAACCACCACCUGCUAACAAAGUUAAGAUUAAUCUGACAAAAGCAUCUGCUAAAUCUAAAAAGUCUGAAAAACCUGAAAAACCUGAAAAGCCCGAAAGUACCACUACCCGUAAGUCCAAACAGACCAAGGGUAAUGUUGAUAAAAUAGGACUUUUACCAUUGAGAUUCGCUAGAAUUUCAACAGCUAAAAAAAGAGUCGAUAUCUCGUCUGCUCCAUUUAGUCAAAACGUACAAAUUUUGAAAGCUAAUAGUAGAUCUUUCACUUUAAAAUUAAAAAUACCAAAAAAGGAAGAUCAACUAGAACAGCCUCAGCCGCCAGAAGGACAAUAG